GAAAACCUGAGGGCAGGCACGGAAAACACCAUACAACUUUGACGCGUAGCAGAGGACAAAGAACAUCGUCUUCGAGGCUACGUACCAUAGGGGCUCCCCGAUCCUAAAUCGGCAGUCUCCACCGUCUUUGUUUUAUGCGAUUUCUUUAUUUCGGUCAUGGAUGAAAAUGUGGAGGAUAAUAAUAAGAAUCUUGAUGGACCUGCAAAAAGCAUUCCCCGGGGAAGCGUUAUUGUGUGAUGAAUCGAUCUGAAUAUACCGCCAAGGGAAAAAAAGCUGGCAAAUCUGGGGGAAAUUAUGGUGAUGGUUGUUAUAGCAAUGUACCUGGAGGAAUUUUCCCGGUUCGGCCCACGUCAUGUGAAUGGAAACCAGCUGAAAAGGUCGCUCAAUUUGCUGCCCUGAAACAGGCCGAGAAUGGGGGAAUACCUCUGGAGUACAGACAGCUUGUGAAAGUUAACAUGCAGGGAGUUGGCGGGAUAAUGUAUUAUUUGACAUUCACAGCCUGUGAUACUACUGAUGGUAGGGAAAAAAUAUUUAAAGCAAAAGUGAUGUGUGAUGCACGAGACUUAAGUUUACAUCUAAAGGAAUUCAAGGUUGACAAUGACCCCAAUAAAUCUGCUGAAAAGAUGCGCAACGAGGUGGUUGACGUGCUAGAAAAAAUUGCUGCCUUUCGCAAGGAAAAUCCUCAUUUGUUUCCUGUUCUCCCCCCAAGACCCCCGCCACCUAAUCGUAGUGGUCAGAUAAAAAUGCUGGGUGUACACCUUACACCAAAAAAGGGGUGAUUCGUGCCAUUGCUUUCCGUAUAUUCUUGAAAGAAAUGAGGACUCAAAACCCCACAUGGAAGUAUGCGAAGGUCAGGAAAGCUGCUUCAAGAAAGUGGAAGUCAUUCAUUAAUAACGAUAAGGUCCCUUACUUUCACAAGGCACAACAGGAGUUUAAUAGAAAGGCGUAUGGAUCGUGGGAACUGGAUGGUAAGGUGCCAAACUAUGCGCAAUCCUCCUGGUAGAGAGCGUAUGAUCGAUGUAUGUAUGUUACGGAGCAUUAUGUAUGGUUUAGUCUGUUCAGUUUGAUGGGAAUGAAAUGUUUGAUUUUGAAAGAAACCAAAGAACCCCCCUCCAUCUCUCCCUCAUAAUCCUGCAACAUACUACUUUACUACUAUAGCAUAGUUGCAGUGUCUAAAUAUUGGGUUUGUUUUAUAACUCUAUUUGUUGUUGGAAUCACCUCAUGAAGCAUAUCCCACACCCUUUAAUGGGCCUGAUAUGUAUUCAAGUGCUUAACUUCAUGGU